AUGUUUCCUGUCAGCUCCUUUGAAGACGAAGAGGAUGCAUUGCCGUCGAUUCCAGAACCCAACUUGCACGGCGAGUAUGACGAAGGAGAACCUCCGGCCCAAGCAACAAGUCCUCUCGGUAACACACGUGCUGAAUAUAAUGGCAUCUACACUAGUAGUGGCAACACUGGCCUUGGUGUCAUGAAUCUCAAAGAGCUAGAUGCCUACGUGCACGAUACAGUCCGCGCCCAACGUCGACAACGUCGAAAAGAAAUCCUCAUCAAACUUGCCUUGUCCAUCGGCUUUGUAGUGAUUGCUACAGCGGUCUUGAGCAGUUCUGUCUUUGUCUAUGAAGAACACAGCAGCAGCAACAAGAGUCUUCAGGAAAAUGAAAAGGCCAUUGAUAAGUCCAUUCAUUUCCAUAAUCCAAUUGGUUACGAGCUCAGCCAGUGUGAAUUUGAACUUAACCAGAAUCGUUCCUUUCUGCAGCUGAUUGCUGAGACUCAAGUCAUUGAAGAUGAAUCGGCAUGUCGUCGAGAGGUCCCUGACUGUGAUUGGGAAAAUCCCACCAUCCCUGCAAAGCGUCAUGAUGAUAAUUCGGCUCUCAGAGCUGAAUGGAAUUAUGCCUUUGAAUUCAAUGUCCGCCACAUUCGUGGUGUGACGAAGCGUGUCACUACCGAAACGAAUCCUUUCGAUGUUGUUCUUAUUGGAGAUUCGAUUGUUGAGCAUUGGGAAGGUAAGGACAUGGGCAUGAAUGAACCUUCCUUGCAUCGGGAUCAUGAAGUGUUUGAAGAACUCUUUACCAAACAUGGUGGUGGCCAAAUUGAUGGCAUGGCCCAUGGGAUUGGAGGUGAUCGUUGUGCCAAUCUCUUGUGGAGGCUUGAAAAUGGAGAAAUGCCACCAGAGUUUCAGCCCAAGGUUUGGUGGCUCUUGAUUGGAACUGAAGAUUGGCAUGUUGGUGUUGACUCAGAGGCCAUUGUUGCUGGCAUUAUCAAGAUUGUAAUGACCAUUCGCCAGGCUCAUCCAAGCACACACAUUGUCAUCAAUUCUAUCUUGCCACGAGGCAAUGAGAAACGGGAUGAUAAUCCUCACUAUGCUGCCUUGUUUGAUAUCAAUCAACGAUUGGAUUGUUAUGUCGAGUCCGAGAAUGAACGCCGCAAGCAAAAGCUGGCACAGGCAGAGAUCACUCCAAGCAAACACGAAAUGCUGUCCUUCUUCAAUGCCACUGCCAUCUUUUUGUUUCGUGAUCCUGAAGUUGGAUAUUUUGUCAACCCAGCCUUACUGCCAGACUAUGUCCAUCCUAGUGCCCAAGGAGAAGAGAUCUGGGGACAGCAAAUUGUUGCCAAGGUACUGGAACUUACCGGUGGAGUGCCCUAUGCAGAGGAUGGCACAGAAGACGCAAUUCAAUCUGACGCAGGCACCACCACAGAGUCUACAGGUUUACAAUUACCUGCCGUUAUCACGGGUACAGAAUCUCCUGCUGUUGUCACAACUGCAAAAAUUCCCAAUACCAAUGCAACAGGUAUUGCUCCAGCCUCUACUAACCGACCUGUGCCACCUGCUGGAACCACUAAUCCAGUUUCAUUUGUUACCCCGGCUGCUGCUACCGUUCCGCCAGCCACCAAUGGUAUUGUUACACCCGCUGUUACACCCGCUGUCACCAGCAGCGCUGAAGCCACCGCAAGUGCUCAAGCCGCCAUUGGUACCAUCCCACCUGUUGACACAGUUCCUCCAGCCACUGCUGGAACUGUUCCUCCACUUGUCACCAGCAGCGCUGAAGCCACCGCAAGGCUCAAGCCGCCAUUGGUACCAUCCCACCUGUUGGCACCGUUCCUCCAGCCACUACUGGAACUGUUCCUCCACUUGUCACCAGCAGCGCUGAAGCCACCGCAAGUGCUCAAGCCGCCAUUGGUACCAUCCCACCUGUUGCACGUUCCUCCAGCCACUACUGGAACUGUUCCUCCACUUGUCACCAGCAGUGUUCAAGCCGCCACAGGCACUCAAGCUACCAGUGGUACCAUCCAACCUGUUGCCACAGUUGCUUCAGCCACUGCUGGUACUGUUCCUCCGGUUGUCACCAGCAGUGUUGAAGCCACCACAAGCACUCAAGCUACCAGUGGUACCAUCCAACCUGUUGCCACAGUUGCUUCAGCCACUGCUGGUACUGUUCCUCCGGUUGUCACUUCAGCCACAACUGGGACUGUUCCUCCGGUUGUUACCAGCACUGAAUUAGCCACAAACACUCAAGCUGCGAAUGGUAUCGUCCCACCUGCUGUCACAAGCACCCCAGCGACCGUUGGUACGCAAGAAACUGUUGGUUCUGUUCCACCUGCUGGAACUGAAGCCACCAUUGGUACAGUUCCACCGGUUGUUACCACAGGAAUUCAGGAAACUGUUGGCACUGUUCCACCGGUUAUCACCAGCGCUGAAGCCAGCACAGGUACUCAAGGUGCCACUGGUAGUGUUCCUCCAGCUGCCACAGCACCUCAUGAACAGCCCUGA